UGCACGAUGCUCCCGAGGAGCAGAACCUUUGGCUUGCCGGGCAUUAUAAAAGGGCAGAUUUUGGAUAGCCUAUCAGUAACCUUUAGAAUGGGGUUUGAUAGGGCCGGGUGAGUCAUUGGCUGAUUGAAGGUAUAGAGGUACCUUGGAGAGCGAUGACGGAGGGGCAAUGCGGGGUCAAUUUGCACAGUAGACAGGCUUUGACCAGGGUUGCUAGAGAGGAGACAAUGAAGAGGGGCUCGGUAGAUAAAGAGGAACUCAGCGAGAGAAAGGGAAAAGAACGCAGAAAGGAGGGAUUGAAGGGAAAAGAGAACGAGGCGAGAGUGAGAGAAAGUUGGAGACGAGCCUCCCCCACGUGCCCCACUCGCUCCUCCAUUAUCGUUCGCGAUAAUUCAUCCCGAAGAGACCAUCUGCUCUCUAUCAGGCAAGUAGCGCCUCCGAGAUGGGCUCGUCGAUGUCAUUGGUCUGCUAAUAAGGCGGAUUAUAAUCCGGGAGGCAGAAGACCAGCACUGCAUACCCUCGGAUGGCAGCCCGUCCCUGCAUGCAGUGGUCACGUCCUGGCUCAGCAUCACUUGGUGGUAUCUACACCGUGGGGAGACCGAGAGCAGAGCAAUUAUCUAACUGCUAGAGAAUAUAGAGGCCCAACAGGAACUCUGAAGAAAGAACAAUACUUAUCCCCCUUCGUCGACUCUUUGAUAGUCUUAUCGAGGCUGGAAUAGCUACAC